GAAGAAGAAGAAGAAGAAGAAGAAGAAGAAGAAGAAGAAGAAGAAGAAGAAGAAGAAGAAGAAGAAGAAGAAGAAGAAGAAGAAGAAGAAGAAGAAGAAGAAGAAGAAGAAGAAAAGAAUUAAACGAAAGUGGCGGGGCUAAGCACGUUUCUCCGAGAUGAACUCCAACCUGGAUCCAGAAGAUGAGUGACUGUGACCUGAGAGAAGAAGCAGAGUCUGGAGAACCCGGUCCAUCUGUGAACCCUGGCCGGUCCAGACGACCACAUCCAGACUCCACCCCUGAACCUGGACCCCCGAAAAAGAGGAAGAGAACCAGAGGAAAGAAGAAGACGAAACCGGCAGAGCUGUUCUACUGUUCAUGGUGUCAGAAGGUUCUGACUGACCCAGUCUCCAGCUGUGGACACCCGUUCUGUAAACAGUGCCUCACACCAUUCUCAGACUACCAUGAUUUAUCCGGCAGCUUCUGUCCCGAAUGUGUGAAUAAUGCCCUGAUAAAGGUUUCAGAUGAACAUAAACUCAGUCUGAGGAGCAGAUGUGAAUGUGUGACUGAAGGAACUGAUGAAGCAGGAGGUAGAACCCGUCUAAACCGGAUCUACACUGAGCUGUACAUCACAGAGGGACAGAGUAAAGACGUUAAUACCCAACAUGAGGUGAGGACGCUGGAGACAGUUUACAAGAAGAAGAUGAUCAUUCAUGACAAACCCAUCAGGUGUCAGGACAUCUUCAAAGCCCUACCUGACCAGCAGAACCCCAUCAGAGUGGUUCUGACCAACGGUGACGCUGGAGUUGGAAAAACCUUCUCGGUGCUGAAGUUCACUCUGGACUGGGCCGAGGGUUUAGAAAACCAGGACGUCAGUCUGGUGGUUCUGCUGUCCUUCAGAGAGCUGAACCUGGUCAGAGAUGAGCAGUACAGUCUGCUGACGCUGCUCCAUGUUUUCCAUCCAACAUUACAGAAGGUCACAGCAGAGCAGAUCAACGUCUGCAAACUUCUGUUCAUCUUCGACGGCCUGGAUGAAAGCAGACUGUCACUGGAUUUCAAUGACUGUGAGGUGGUUUCAGACGUCACACAGAAGAAACCAGUCAACGUCCUGUUGACCAACCUCAUCAAGGGGAACCUGCUUCCAUCAGCUCUCAUCUGGAUAACUUCCAGACCUGCAGCAGCCAAUCAGAUCCCUCCUUCAUGUGUCGACAGGGUAACACAAGUCCGAGGAUUCACCACUGAUGACCAGAAGGAGGAGUACUUCAAGAAGAGAUCCAGUGAUGAAGAUCUGUCCAAGACAAUCAUCUCACACAUCAAGAAAUCCAGGAGCCUCCACAUCAUGUGUCAAAUCCCAGUCUUCUGCUGGAUCAGUUCUAUGGUUCUGGAGCACAUGUUGACUUCAGACCAGAGAGGAGAUCUGCCCAAGACCCUGACCAACCUGUACUCACACUUCAUCAUGGUCCAGACAAAGAGGAAGAAGAAGAAGUAUGAAAAAGGACAUGAGACCAGUCCAGAAGAGCUGACAGAGGCUGACCGGGAAGUUCUUCUGAAGUUGGGUAGAUUGGCAUUUGAACAACUGAUGGAAGGAAACAUCAUCUUCUAUGAAGAAGACCUGGAGCAGUGUGAUCUGGACGUCACAGAGGCCAUGGUUUACUCUGGAGUUUGUACAGAGAUCUUCAAAACAGAGAGAAUGAUCUUGAAGAAAACAGUCUACACCUUUGUUCAUCUGAGUGUUCAGGAGUUUCUGGCUGCAGUCUACAUCUACCACUGUUACAACACCAACAACACAGAGGUACUGGAGGAGUUUCUAGAAGAUUGGGAGGAGGACGAGGAAGAAGAAUACCUUGAUUAUAUGGAGGAGGACGAGGACGAGGACGAGGAUUUAGCACUUGAUGUCUUCCUUAGAAAAGCCAUGGAAAAAUCCCUCAAUAGUGAAAAUGGUCACCUGGACCUGUUCAUUCGUUUCCUUCAUGGUCUUUGUCUGGAGUCCAAUCAGAGAGUUUUAGGAGAUCUGCUGGGUCCAGCAGAGAUCAGUCCAGAAACAAUACAGACAGUCAUCAACAACCUGAAGGCGAUGAACACUGAAGAUGUCUCUCCUGACCGAAGCAUCAACAUCUUCUACUGUCUGACAGAGAUGAACGACCAAACGAUCCAUCAGGAGAUCCAAGAGUUCCUGAAGUCAGAGAACCGAUCAGAGAAGGAACUCUCUGCGAUCCAGUGUUCAGCUCUGGCCGACAUGCUGCAGAUGUCUGAGGAGGUUCUGGAUGAAUUGGACCUGAAGAAGUACAACACAUCAGAUGAGGGACGAUGGAGACUGAUUCCAGCUGUGAGGAACUGCAGAAAGGCUGAACUUUCUGGCUGUGGACUCUCAGACACUCACUAUAAAGUCGUGGCCUCGGCUUUGGAAUCCAAUCCCUCGCAUUUGAUGGAGUUAGAUCUGAGUGAAAACAACUAUUUGAUGGAUUCUGGAGUGGAGAUACUUUCUGAUGGACUGAAGAGUCCACACUGCAGACUGGAGACUCUGAGAAUGAGAGACAGCAUGCUGUCAGAGAUCAGCUGUUUGCAUCUUGCCUCAGCUCUGGAGUCCAAUCCCUCCCAUCUGAUCAAACUGGAUCUCAGUAAAAACUUUCUGCAGGAUUCAGGAGUGGAGCUGAUCUGUGAGUUUCUGCAGAAUCCAGACUGUCGACUUCAAACUCUAAGAUUGAGCGACUGCAGUCUGACAGAGAUCGGAUGUUCGCAUCUGGCCUCGGCUCUGAAGUCCAAUCCCUCUCAUUUGACGGAACUCGACCUCAGUUACAACGAACUCCAGGAUUUAGGAGUGAAGCGGCUGUGUGACUUUCUGCAGAAUCCAGAGGGUAGACUACAGAUUCUGAGAUUGAGGUACUGCAGGUUGUCGUGGAUCAGCUGUUCUUCUCUUGCUCCAGCUCUGAAGUCCAAUCCCUCACAUCUGUUAGAGCUAGACCUGAGUGAGAACCACCUCCGACUACCUGACGACUACCUGCAGGAUCCAGGGAUGAAACUGCUCUGUGAUUUUCUGCAGAAUUCAGACUGCAGACUCCACGCUCUGAGAUUGAGUCAGUGCGGUUUGUCAGAGGUCAGCUGUUCUUCUCUGGCCUCGGCUCUGCAGUCCAAUCCGUUUCAUCUCAUAGAACUAGACCUGAGUGAGAACCAGCUGCAGGAUUCAGGAGUGAAGCUGCUCUGUGACUUUCUGCACAUUCCAGACUGUCAACUCCAUACUCUGAGACUGAGUCGCUGUGGUUUGACAGAUGUCAGCUGUUCUUUUCUGGCCUCUGCUCUGAAGUCCAAUCCGUCUCAUCUUGCAGAACUAGACUUGAGUAAAAACCUUCUCCAGGAUUCUGGAGUGGAACUGCUGUGUGACUUACAACAGAGUCCAGAUUAUAAACUGCACAUUCUGAGGGUAGAUGAAAGCAAAAGCAGAACUACAUCUGACGAACAUGAGCAGUGUCCGUCCACAUCAGACUCAGACCUGAAGGAGGUGGAGGACGGCGGACAGGACUGUGUGGACCGAGACCCUCACCUGAAUCCUGCAGAUCCAGAGAAGCAGCAGCUUGUCUGCACAGAGGUUCAGGCUGGAGCGUCCACCUGGGAGGAGUUCACACCUGAAGUAUCAGCUGAGUCUGGACUCACUUCAUACAGGUUCAGGUGUCCUCAUUCAGGUGCCUUCCGUUGUACUUGGACUGGAUUGGUGUUCGUUGUGACUCGGGAGGCGGGGCUGGUGUACAGGACCGUCCAAUGGGAUGAGCCCCUCCUCCGGUCAGCCGGCAGGACGCCUGCAGGGCCGCUGUUCAGUAUCGACAGUCCUGAGAACGCCGUUUGUCAGCUCCACCUCCCACACUGUGAGACAAAACCCGGUCAACGCUCUAAAAGCCUGCUGUCUGUCGUCCACAUCACUGAUGAUGGAAUGGAGUUCAUUGAACCUCUGGAGAUCACAGACACUCAUGUGGUCAUCGACGUCCCACAUCUGUCUGUGUUUGGCCUCGUCUGGGUUUGGGAGAGGAUUCAAAACUUGAUCUCCGUUGGCGGUCAGAUGGAUGAAUCCACCAGUCAAUGCAGCAGAUCAGUCCUUGGCCAAGUUCUGCUGUUCCUCAAACCACCAAACCCAAGAAAACAAAGACAAAAACUAGACGUGUUACUACUGCCAGUCAACGUCCCUGUGGAAGAUGUAAAGACUUUUGUGCAACAACAAUGGCCUGAUGCCUUGUACAUCGACGUAACGCCUCAAUGUGACCUCAUCACAAAUCACAAAUACAGGGUUGAGUGUCCUGAAGCCUGUCUGAUACAGCCCAAGGAAAACAGGUUUGACCUGAACUUUGGUCCAAAUUAUCACAAAAUGUUUGAGAUUCGCCUGCCAACAAACACAGAAGAAGUGACUCUAACGAUCCGAGACCAAGAAAAUUCAGAUGUGUGGACGCAUGAGGUGGAUCUUCCUGGUCCUGGAACUGAGGAAAAUCUACCGAGGGCUGUGCAGAACAUCUCACCAGAGGAGCAGUCGUCUACAGCUGAAACCCUCCUCCAUAUUCUGGACCAAGUGGCAGAAGAUGAUUUUAAAACCUUCAAGUUUCACCUCCAGUAUGUCGUCAGGGGCAACGUCCAGCCGAUCCCAGUCCACAGGUUGGAAAAUGCAGAGAGGACGACUGUGGUGGAUCUGAUGGUGCAGACGUAUGAGGAGUCUGGAGCUGUGGAGGUGACCAAGACGCUUUUACAGAAGAUCAGAAGGUCUGAUCUGGUGAAGAAGCUGACAGACAUCUGCUGAGGAACAGCCUCGUCCUGGUCUUUGAACAUCUGCAGACAUCAUGUGACUUCAUCCAGUUCCACUUCUACAAUCUCAGACUGGUAUUUAUAUAUCAGCCCAUGUUGGAACCACGUUCUGCUCUGAACAAUAGUUUGUGAAACCUCCCAUUUGGUUUUUCUGUGGAAUCUGCAAACCGCUGCGGUCUUCUACGUAAACAUGGACGGUGUUUGAAAAGGCUGUUUCAGUUUUCACACAUAAGGAACAGAAGAACAGAUGUGGGUGUAAAUACGGGGAUAACAGACAGGAUUGGACUGUGGUAGAACUGAACGGAAUUCUACUGCCUAGUUCACAUCUGUGUUUGUUUUGUGUGUGUGUGUGUGUGUGUGUGUGUGUGUGUGUGU